AUGGCACUCUCAUCCCUAUCCACGCCGUUGCGCUUCAAGCCCGUGGAGAAUUUGCUUUGGGACGCUUCGCAAGCGAUUCAGGAGGCCCAAGGCAAGGUCAAGGAAGCCUUAUCUCAUGAGCUCGGUGGACGUCUACAAAAACGCAAAACCCAGCAUCACAUCCAAACCGAAAUGAACAAAAAUAGUCAGUUGGUCCGUGAGAUCACUCAACUACGGCAGCAAAACCAGAGCCUGUAUCAGCAGAAUUUGCAGCAGGCAAAGCAUCUUCAUCGCUUGCAGUCAGAGGCCAAUGUCAACGCAGAGGAGUUGACCGAGACCAAGUCAUCCCAAUGCCUCCUGACACAGGAUAUCAUGAAAAUCUGCAGCGAAAAGGAUACAAUAUCCCAAGAAUUAGAACGAGUCAGAGAGCAGCUGGACAUCGAAGUGCUCGAAAGGCAAAUUGCAGAGCUGGCCCUAGACCAGUUCAAGGACGAAGUCAUCCAGUUGAAAGACGACAUGGAGCAACAAAAAGCCUUCUUGCUCGACAAGGACAAGGAAUUAGAGGGGAUGAGGCAAGUCCUGGGGCAAUUCAAGGAACAGGUUUCUGUGUACGAGGGAUUGCUUACUAGCAACGAAACCACUGUUGAAGAGCUUCAUCGCCAGCUUAGCAUGCAGUCUCUCAUCAAUGCCGGAUUGCACAAGGCAUUGGAUGAGUGCCAAUGGCCUUGA